UGAAGCUCGGCUCAGUCCUUGUCCUCUCCUGCUCGUGCGAGGAGCCUCCCGGUGAUCGGACUGUCGCCUGAAGCGAAGAGGCCGAGCCGGCGUUGAUUCAAUUUUACAGCCCAGUCACCCUAUCUGAAGCUCUGAUUAGGCAGCCGAGGGAGAGGAGAAGAAGAAGAGGAAGAAGAGGAGGAGGAAUAGUGAUGGCUAUGACCGACAUUGCAGAGGAUGACCUGGAUGAGAUGAUGCGCGAGGAAGCGGAGGAUGCCUUCUACGAGGACGGAGUGUCGUCCCGCGUCCCGGAGAUCAUGGCGGCCGGCACCCACUCCCCCGGUGGGCCCAAUGGCAUAAUCCGGAGUCAGUCCUUCGCAGGCUUCAGCACGCUACAAGAACGACGCUCACGGUGUAACUCCUUCAUGGGGAACACUGCGGUGCAGAAGAAGCCUCAGUCCAAGCCCAAGAAGCCCCACCUGUCAGGCCACAAGGGAGGCAGCAGCUCCAGAGAGCCUCAGCCCAAAAGACUGGAGGAGGUUUACACGGCUCUCAAACAAGGCCUGGAUGAGUAUCUGGAAGUUCAUCAGACAGAGCUGGACAAACUCAUGUCUCUGAUGAAGGACAUGAAGAGGAACUCUCGCCUGGGAGUGCUGUAUGAUCUUGACAAGCAAAUCAAAACCAUCGAGAGAUACAUGAGACGCCUGGAGUUUCACAUUAGCAAGGUGGAUGAGCUGUACGAGGCCUUCUGCAUCCAGAGUCGGCUGAGGGAAGGUGCCAGUCGGAUGAAGCAGGCCUUCUCCUCCUCCCCCUCCACUAAAGGCACCAAAGAGAGCAUCGCCGAGGUCAACCGCCGGUACAAGGAAUACACUGAGAACAUGGGCACAUUUGAGAGCGAGCUGGAGAACCUGCUCGGGGAGUUUCAUAUCAAAAUGAAAGGUUUGGCAGGCUUUGCUAGACUCUGUCCUGGAGACCAAUAUGAGAUCUUCAUGCGAUACGGACGCCAGCGGUGGAAGCUGAAGGGGAGGAUUGAAGUGAACUCCAGACAGAGCUGGGAUGGAGAUGAGAUGGUCUUCAUGCCUCUCAUCACUGACCUGAUCAACAUCAAGGUGACGGAGCUGAAGGGUUUGGCCACUCACAUGCUGGUGGGCAGCGUCAUCUGUGAGACCAAGGAGCUGUUUACUGCCAUGCCUCAGGUGGUGGCCGUGGACGUCAACGACCUGGGGACCAUCAAGCUCAACCUGGAGGUUACGUGGUACCCCUUCGAUGUCGAGGACCUGACUCUGUCGUCUGGCAACGUGAGCAAAGCCACAGCCCUCCAGAGACGAGUGUCGGUCUACAGCCAGGGCACACCGGAGACUCCCACCUUCCAGGACACCUCCUUCUUUGUGAGUCCAGCACACGCCACAUCGUCUUUAGCUUCACUGUCCACUUUGCCAGAUGACGUCUUUGAAAACGGCGGCUGUGGCGUGGCCGAGUGCAAGCGUCUAUCCUUCACCUUCUCCGACACCUCCGGUUCGACGCCCAGCCCCAGCCCCGCCCCAAGCUCCUACUCCCCAGGCCAGUCCAACCCUGAGAUCACGGUCACUCCUCCAGAAACAGAGCCAGUACCUACACAGAUCCUCCCAACCAGGGAGGACUCCAUCGCAGAGGAGCACUUGGUGGAGGAAGAGGAGGAGGAGUACGAAGAGGACGGGGAGACGGGCAGCAGAGGAAGCAGAGGCAGCAGGACCAGCGCCAGCCUCGCCAGUGAUGAAGUCGAGGUCGCAGAAGACUCAGAGUGGGAGCGCACAGAGUCCCAGCGUAAUUCAAGCUCCAACUGCGGUUCGGCUGCACCGUCCUUGUGUUCCGACGGACACCUGUCCACUGUGGCUCCGGAGGAUGUUUUCCUGGAUCAUGCCGACGAGCUGAAGCCUGUGGAGCUGGACACGGAGGAGGCGGGCAGCCUGACCAGGCAGCUUGUGAAGAGGCUGACUUCCUCAGAAAUUGUGCCGCCCGGCGAGAGCGCUAAUGAGAGUGGAGGGAGCCUGAGUUGGGCUGGAGAGGGAAGCAGGGCUUUCCUGGAGAGCAGCCUGGAGGAGGCCAUCCACAGCCUGCUGAUGAGACUGGAGUCACUGACGCACCGCUGCAGAGAGCUGCAGGACCUGGAGCAGGAAGUAAUGCGCCUGGAGGACCUGCUCAAGUGUCGUCUCCCGGGUCACAGGAGUCGCUCAUCCAGCCUCAGUCUGACAGUGGAGAGCGCCCUGGAGAGUUUCGACUUCCUCAACACCUCUGAUUUUGAUGACGAGGACACUGGCGAUGACAACGCCGUCCUCAGCAUGCCCCCACAGAGAUCUCCACUUUUUGAUGCAGAUGGAGAGAGGAUUGGCAGCCAGCAUCCAGAAGCCAGAGGACACCUGAGUGAAGCCCUGACGGAGGACACCGGGGUGGGCAACAGCGUGGCAGGAAGCCCCCUGCCGCUCACCACUGGAAAUGAGAACCUGGACGUGGCCAUCGUCAUCCACCUUCAGUACUGUAUUCACCUCAUACAGUUGCUGAGCAGCGGGGUGAGCAUGUGGCAGCGUCGCAGUUUGCUCCUCAAACUGUCCGGACAGACCCAGCUGUUAGAGGAACUGGCAGAGAUCAGCGUGGACAGACUGGGAGCGAUCACAUCAGCUGCUGACGUCCUCCCGGGCCUCGCCGAGCGCCCCCAGCUCAUGACUCUGUGGUCAGAGUGCAGCGGGUCUGCAGGACUUUUCCACACCACGCUGGACCGAGUGUUCAAACACAUGAACCAGCGCUACACGGCGGUGCUGCAGGAGAGACACCCACACAGCGCCGACACAGUGAUCGGUGUGGUGGUGGGUGAGAUGGUGGACAGGAGCGACCUGAUGGCGACACACAGCCCUCCCCCUGCUGCUGCCGCGCUCUCCCAGGACGUCCUGACGGUGUUUCAGUUCCACAGCUACAUCUUACAGCACGAAGUCCAGGACAUGGAGACACACCUGCUGCACCUGGCCAGAGAGGAGGUGUUAGCGGAGGUCCUGUGCAGUGGUGAUAACGCUCAGUGUCUAGCGGAGCUGGAGGAGGUACCUCUCUCAUCUCUCUGGCCUAGAAACAGCACCCUGAGGGCCCUGGCCUCCCUGCUCACUGCCGAGGACCCUCAGGUCAACAAGGCAGCAGCCGACUACCUCUCCUCUGGAGCAUCAAGCAGGCACUUCAGGUCCAGGGCGGUGGAGUGCUACACCCAGGCGCUGUCAGAGGCUGGAGUCCAGAGCCAGAGGGCGGCCUGCUCCGCUCUCAGCUGCCUGCAGGCGGUGGAGAGCAUCAGGGCGGUGGUAGCGCUGUGUGACUCAGCUGAUGAGGAGCUCCGCCACGUCGCCAUAGAAACCCUGCUCACAUUUGGUGAGGAGGGUCGGCUGGCGUACGAGCAGCUGGACACGGUGCCGGGGGAGAUGAUCCGUCUGGGCACCCGGCGGGGAAACGCCGUCACCACUGCCUUCUGAGCCACCGCGCCGCUGAAAAACACACCAGACUGCAUCCCUAAGCCCGACCUCCGAGGACGACCUCCUCCAGCUUAACCCACCACUCCGCACACCUCACAGGGCUGCCGGUGGCCGAUCUGUUUGUCGAUCUGCUUUUCCAGCAAAGACGAUUUUGUUUUUCACAGCGCCGCUAUUAAUCACUGUUCUCACUGAUACUGCCUCCUAGAAGAGAACUAACAGCAGACAAACUGUUUUGGACACAUAACCUGUACCCCUCCUGCAUAAACACUUCUUGUCUCACCGUCACCCUUCAGUUUGGACACUUCCCCUUCCUCCCCUCUUUUUCUCACCCUGCUUUCUGAGCCAGGCAGGACCGGUCACGUUGAGUUAAACUGGAAAGCACGAAGCCGCUGAAAGCUGCUCCAAAGACUGCGGGAAUCGCGUCUUCACCCCCUCCUCUGCGUUAACAAGCUCGCCACUGCACAACAACACUCGUUAUCACUUACUCACCGAUUAACCAUCACCUCGAUUGUUACGGUGUCACGCAAUAUUACUAUGAUCUCUGUAUAAUCACUGUAACACACGUUUUAGUUGGUGGUUUUCGCAUUCGAAAUGUUUUCUGGCGCUUUCAGAAGAUUUUUUGCACUGUUGUAAGGCCUGUAAAUAUGGCAUAUUUUACACAGCCGGUGUAACAUAUGUGCUCAUGUAAUUUAAGUUCUGUUUUCUAGUACGUUCCAUUUGAGUUUCAGGGAUUCUUGUAUGGUUUGAAAGGUUGUGUGUUUGGCUUCGAAAGUGAGUUUAGAAAGCCCCGAGCAGUUUACAGUCUUCUUGUGAAGAGGAAAGAAACACGGUCAGCACAGGGCCCGAGGUUCACCUGCUCAGCAGUCAGCGUCCGAGUUUUCUCACACUCGCAGUUUAACAAGUGCAAUUUUUCUGUACAUAUGUGAUUCUUUUGCACCCAGCUGACACGAGGAGCCCGUUUCAUAUCGUCAGUUUUUGUGACCUUUUGAGCCUUGAAAUGGAUGGAGCGGGCGGAUUCCUCAAAUACUCUUUUGUAAAUGUUUUUUUUUCCCAACCAGGUGAGCAGGAGGGCAAUAAGUUAGGGAGCUUGUGAGAAUGCACAGUGACUGUACAGAGAGGCCGAGGAUUGAUGUAGCCGCGGAUUUGGCUAACUGCACAUUCGUACGUGAGCUAAACGCAGAAUUAGAAACGAAGCUUUUAUUGUGAGAAGCUGCAGAAUGAAGUUUUUUUGGUACGUCUCGGGUUUUGUUUUCCUGCAUCCGGACUGUAGUGUCGGAAAACUGGCCCAAGGGGAGCGUCUAGUUCCACCUUUAACUACUGAGUCCGGUGCGACGACGUAAAAUUCACCACGUAAUGUUCACAAAUCCUAUUUAUUAUUUACUCCUUGUAAUUCUAAUAUUCUUUGGAGUUAUACUGUAGUAGUGCAGAUGACAUUGUUAUGUAAAUUAAUUGUAUAUUUAUGUUCUAUUUUCAGGUCUAGUAUUUGAAAUAUUGUCUUUCGUUUUAAAAAAGAAAAAAAAACAAAAAACAAGGCCUCUGUGUUUUUACCAUGCAACUGAUCUCAUGCUUAAUUGGAAAUUAUUUUGAAUUAAUUAUAAUAGAUUAAUUAUUAUUUUGGAGAAGAUUUGCUAAUAGUAGUAUAGAUUUUGUUUUCCCUAAAAAGGUCCCCAAAAUAGUGGGACAUUUAUAUAUUAGAGAUGUUACUUUAUUACCUAGAAGAUUUACUGUAACCAAAGGAAAAUCUGAUUUUAAAAUGGUCUUUUAAUAAGAGCUCAUCAAGGAGAAUGUAUUUUCAAUACAACAUCUGCAUUUUGGCCUGAACGCUCAGGCCUGUCUUUAGAAGCACAACUUAAAAGAAUAAAAAAAAAAAAGAAGACAAAUCCACAAUAUAUGGAUCUUGUUACAUUCGGUUGUAACUGCACAGUCCAAAAAGCCAUAUUGAUUAAAAAACAAGUGGUAGUAUUUUUAUGAAAUGUAUUUUUUUUUUCAUUUUUUUGUAUCAUAAUCUGUAAAUGUGUGACGUUAUUACUAAAAGCUAAAGAUGGUGUUCCUUUUUUUCUAUACAGCCUUUUUUUUUUUUUGCAAAACAUGGUCCAAAUUUUAAGCAGCAGUUCAUUUUCUUUCUUCCAUGAUGUGAAUAGCAUUGCAGUAUUUUGAUCGAGUAAUUCACCCACUCACUCAAGCGUCUGAUUUCUUUUUCUUUUCUUUUUUUACGAACUUGCAGUUGACCAGUGUUAUAAGUUAAUUCAUGGGCUGUUCGAUUCCUAAUCACCACAAAGUUGGCAAAAUGUGCACGUUUAAUUAUUUAGAGACUGGUUUUAAGAAUAACUUGGUACACUUUGCUGAAACUGAAAUCUAUCCAUCUCUGUGGUCACUCGCUUCAGUACUGAUCCAUCUGGUUGCAUACUUCUCCAUCGUGGUUAGCAGUAUUUCUUCUGCUCAUCAAAAGUUGCAAUAAAGUUUAUUUUUGCAUAAUUAAAA